AAUCUGACUAUAUAAAAGACGCAUGAUGACCGCUUACUUGCAUUAGAUAAUCCAUUAGAAUGUUCAAGUCUAGUAUCUUGUUGGUCAGCCUGUGUUUGGGAGUAGUGGCUUGUGAUAACUUUAGUUGGCGCAUAGCAGGUGGAAACGAUGCUGCUCCCGGACAAUUUCCAUAUCAAGUGUCGUUGCGUGACUCGCAACUGGUUCACUUUUGUGGUGGAGCUAUCUUGAACAAUCGAUGGAUCAUUACAGCUGGCUCUUGUGUUAUUGGUAAAGAACCGGCAAACGUCCUGGUUCUGACUGGUAGCCAAAGUCUUACCGAAGGUGGAACUAACAUACCAGCUGAUCGAAUCAUUGUGCAUCCCAAUUUCAACGAUACAACUUUAUUAAAUGAUGUUGCUGUGAUUCGGGUUCGUACUCCAAUUAUUUUGAAUGAUGACGCUUUUGCUGUGAGGAUGGCAAGUGAUUACUUGUCAAUUGCUUACGGUGCUUUAACUUCCGGAUGGGGAAGACCAGAGAUCGAUACUCCAACGUUCCCAGAUUGGCUCCAAUAUAUAUCAUCGACCGUCAUCACUCACACUGAAUGUAGUGGCCGAUUCGAACCUCCAUACGAUGAACGAAUAGCUGAAAGUGUGUUGUGUACUGCAAACGCCGAAGGUAAAGGAACUUGUUUGGGUGAUGCCGGAUCUCCGGUGGUUUACAAUGGCGAACUUCAAGGCAUAGUAUCCUGGGGCAUUCCGUGCGGAAUGGGUUAUCCGGAUGUGAAUUCUCGCGUUAGUACUCAUCGUCCAUGGGUUCUGGUACACACAAUGGUGUGAGAUUAGACAUUCGAUUCAAGACAUUGUAGUCAAUAAAUAGAAAAUUUCACUACUUUGA